AUGUAUUUAUACGAGCUUCCUACCACGGGUGCGAUAUCCUUCGCCGACUUUUGCGCGGACCACAGCAACGACAGAGCGUACACGCACCGCAUACCGGAAGUGACCCAGGCGAGGGCUAAUCUACGUGGUGCCCUGAAGGAGAGCAAACGGACUGAUCAUGGCGAGAAGGACUUUCUGGCUCUCGUCAAACUCAUUGAGGAGUACCUCCCUCAUAUCCGCGCCAUUAUCGACUGCGUCGCUCACGAUGAAACAGGCCUCAAAGCUGAACCAACCUUCAGCUGGCGCACCACGCUCACUGCGAAUCUAUUCAACAAUUCGCCAAGGCUAGACCUCCCAGGGUUGCACGCAGACUACAGCUUCACUCUGUUGACCUACGCGUUUGCUCUAUCGAAUCUUGCCUAUUCCAUUGUCAUUUCUGUUGGACCAUACGAGAGGGACCGGGCGAUCACAGAUGCAGAGCGGCUUGCGAAGGAAGAGAAGUUGAAUGUCGCCCUGAAUUUCCUUUGUCGUGCAAGUGGGAUUUUCACGUAUAUCAGCGAUACUGUCCUCCCGGAGUGGGACACUCAUCGCGCGAGCCCGCCGAAUUUCCAUCGACCUCCUGAUCUCAGUCGGGAGGUGACUAGCGCGUUAGCGAAGAUGUCGCUUGCGGACGCCCAGACGCUCUCCAUUCGAAGAUUACUCUCGAAAUCAACGUACGACAGUAACAUCACGCCAGGACCUCCGCUGCCCGCAUCCCAUAGCCCUCCAGCCUUGCUCGCGAAACUGCACAUCGAGUGUGCAUCGCUCUAUUCCUCUGCGCUGACCCUCGCCAAGACUCCUGGUUCGACCAAAGGUUCAUCUGGAGGGUCCAGCAAGGAAGUCUCUGCCGACGUCCGGCGCUACCUCAGCAACCAAGCUACUCUGCACAGUGCACUGUCGCACAAGUGGUUGGGCGUUGAUGCUGGGGAGAAGGGUGGCACGGCAAGAGGAGGCGAGGCUGUUGCUUUCAUGCAGUGGGCAAAGAAGGAGCUUGAGGAGUUGAAGGACGGUGCGAAGCGUGUUUCGCUUGGAGCAGCGGGGAAAGAGCAGGAGGAAAGGUGGAAGGAGAAGAUCAACGAGGAGCUGGCUAGCACUAAUCUGUUCCUCAAGUAUUACAAGAAGAUGAACGACACUUUGCACUUCCAACCUGUCCCGUCGCAAAGGGACCUUCAGUCGCGCAUACCUGGCGGAAGGAUCGCAAUGCCAGCGAAGCCGUAUACACCCCCUGCCCCUGCCUUCGGACCCGGGUCGUUAGAGUAUGUGCAUCGGAAAGCAGAACAGCUGGAAAUCUCCGGUGAUGCCACGGACGAAGAAUCAACACCAACGCCGGCACACCCUGCAGAUGGCUAUUCUCCCCCGACAGCCCAGCCAGUCGGAAACUAUGUAGGCGCUGGAGCCUACUUCUAG